AUGUCUGAACCAAAUUCAACAAGUUCACUUUUGGGAAAUGCACUACGCUCAACAGUACAAACAUUAGCUCAGUUAGUUUCUGAAAGUACUCCUCUUACUACUGAAGUUGGAGAAGUUGAAAAUUUAACUUUGUCUGGAUCUUCUUUGGCUUCAUCCUUAUUUCCUGGUUCUCAAGUAACUCCAACACAAUCUUCCUUAGCCAAUUCAACAGGGGCAGGUGAUAGAUUGGUGCUUGUAGGUGCUUUGAGAAGAAUUAAAUCUUUUUUAAGAGGACUUUUUUCAGUUCAGUCUUCUACAUUAUAUAAUUCAGGUGGAGUUACAACAACUGAAAGUACAGUUAUUUCAAGUACUGCUACUGACGGAUUAGUAGAACGUGCAGUGAGCACAAUAUCGGAUAUGCUGAAAGGUAGUAAUGAAUCUUCCUAUAGUAAUUUGUUAUCUGGGAAUUCAACAUUAGUUUCAUCAAAUGUGACAAAUUCAACCUGUGGUUCAUUAGAAGGAAAUGUACAUAGAUUUGAAACUGUUUUGGUCGUAUUCAUUAUAAUGUUUUGUAUCUUAGGAAUUAUUUGGUCCAUGGUUUGCCGGAAGGAAAGGGAACAUUUAAAGGAACUUUUCUGCGGAGAAGACAAAACCAAAGAACCAAGAGCGAUGCUAUUAGAUUCGUUAAAUAAAAUAGAAGAAUGUAUAUAUGAAAAUCCUGAUGAAGAUGAUAAACAAAAUAAAGAAGAAAAACAAGAAGAAGAUAAUAGUGACAGCCUUUAUGAAAAUUUAAAUAUGGAUGAAGACAGUGAUUAUGAUAAUGUUUGUUCUGGUAGAAGAAGAAGAAGAUAUCAUGAUGAAAAUGGUAAUGAAGAAGAGAAUAUUAGUUUUGUUAGAAAUAAAAGGAAUGAUAAUGAAGAUGAAGAAGAAGUAACAUACAUAAAUGAAUGA